UUGGCGGACAGUUGACCAGCUACUUUAUAAGUGUAGCUCACACAGUCAUUUACUGACAUGAGAACAUCUGCAUGUUCCUCCAGAACGAAACACAGAUUUCAGACAGGACUUCUCUGUGUCGUUAUUGUGGAGUGACGUCAUAGGGAUUCCUCUUGGUCAACGCCUGGACUGCACACUCUCAUCUGAGCCCGGUCCUCCCCCGCCUCUCAUGGUGCCGCCUCAACUUCUCUUGAGAGUUCCUGAAAUAAAUGACACUUGACUCACGCAGCAAAUCGGGACUCGAUGUUAAGGUUUAUAAUCCAGGGACAGUGCAAAGCCGCUCAAUUUGUGACCGUUGAUCUGUCACCGUCUCAAAUUCUCAUGUUGGAGAUGAACUCCGAAGAGUUCAUGUACACUUCUUCUCUCUGGACUUUCUUCCUCCUCUUGGCUUUCCUGUCCUGCUCACCUGUUGAAGGUGAGCGUCAGGUGAUUGGUUCACCUCAGCCAAUCGUCACUGCUCCAGGUGAUGAUGUCAUCCUGCCAUGCCACCUGGAUCCUCCAAUUGAUGACAAGAGGCUUAUCGUGGAGUGGUCAAAGCUUGAUCUGAAAUCCGACCCCUCAGAUGGGCUGAUGCAGGCGGGCUUCGUGCACCUGUACAGGUACGGACAAGAAGUCCUGGAGAGAGUGAUGAUGUCAUAUGUGAACAGGACGAAGCUUUUCACAGUCGAGCUGAAACAUGGAAACGUAUCCCUCAAGAUCCUGGACGUGACGUCUGCAGAUGAAGGAAGAUACAGAUGUUUCCUCCCAAACGUAGCAAAGUAUUCAGUUGUUCACCUUAAUGUCGAUCCAAACCUUAAAAACCAGACGACAGAGACGACGCCCAGAAACCUCCCGACUCCAGAUCCAGGAGACAGGACGGACGGUAGAGGUGAUCAGACCGGUCCCAUCGUUUGGAUCCUGCCUGUGGUUCUCCUCGUCCCGCUGAUCCUGGCUGCUGGACUCAGUGGAUACUUGAUUAGACGACGGUGUCAAGAACUAGAUGGUGUGAAGUACAAUGCCGCCUCAAACAACCCGCUGUGACCCCAGGUGCCUUGCUCAGGGGAAACUUACUAGUUGUUGUUGAUGGAGAUGAGAGCAUGAUACAUUUCCCUCUCCUCAAACCAGCAACACCUGCAGCCACAGCUGGACACAGUGGGUCAGAACAAGUGUGAACUUUGACCUUUGGAGCUGCACCUGGAAUAACCUGUAUCCUCUGUCCAGACUGCAUCAGGUGGGAUUUAACCAGCGACAGCUGAACCCCAUGAAUCACGGACUCUGUGUGGAGAUGUUUGAAGGUGAUGAUGUCACCAAGUGUUUUUCUCUGGAGCAGAUUUUAAACCUGGAGUUCAGCUCUGAUCUCAGUUUGUCUCUUGGAGUAUAAAGGAUUAUACAGGAAGUAAACACCAAGACUUCACAGGUUCCAGGUUUAGGGUCAUCAGCCCCAAAAUCAAGAGCAGACUCCAUUGAUGAAAACAUGGUCGUCUUAUCUUGCAAAACAUGCUGCUCUAUCGUCGUCCUCUUGUGUUUCUGUGUGACUUUCAGUCGUGGCCAAAGUGUUCAGAUUUUUAACCAGAGUAAAAAAGUACCAGUUGUAACACAAGACAUUUACCAGUUAUCACUUCUGAUAAACGGUCAGCAGGGGGAGCUCUUCCUCUGCGCCUCAGUCUUCAACUCACUUUAGGUUGUUCUUCCUCUGCUGAG